AUGGUGACCGACGACUGGCUGCUCAGGCCCGGCGUAGGUGACCAACCGCCGCUCAGGGAGAAGGUGGUUUCUAUGUACGAGGAGCUGUUCCAGGGCAGAGAAAUACCGGCGGAAGACGACGACGAGUACUGGCAGGAGAUAUUCCUUUUGAAAGUGAACACAAGCUUUCUGUCCUCUGUUAUUUCGAGCGCCUCCGAGCCAGAACUGCUCCAUCUAGCGAGCAGCAUCAGCGCCUUAUUUACGAGAGCGAUUGAUACGCUGCAUGAUAGACUUCCGCUACGGCAGGGGCACGCUGCUCAAACGAUGACGAUAUUGUUCGAAGCAGUGUACAAAAAGUUCCCGAAUCGAAGCUUCGAUGUCCUCAAUGUGCUCACGGGGAUGGACAAUGCUGAUACGGCCUUCAAGACGUUGAUAGCGAACAUGGCGUUCAUUUUGCUUAAAGAAGAUUCAGUUGAAGCACGGCGGCCCGUCCUGGCCCUCGCCAAGGCGAUUGUAACGGCUAGCGAUAAUCUCAAUCAAAAUUCGUUCAACGAGUAUUUUAUGAUGAACGAUUUCUUCGACGCUCUGAUACGGACCAUAACGGACCCCCUAACGCGCACCCUAGCCUUCGAUGCGUCCAUCCUGCUCGCAUUCCUCUGCAGCUACAACAAAUACGAGUCCAGCAACCCAUACGAGAGCCGGCUGAGGGACGUGGAUGACCGGGAAGUUUUGCAGGCGUUGGAAGCUGUCUGUUCGCUUGCUUGCAAGGAUAGCCGGUCGAAAUAUAUGGCGCUGGCGCCGGAUGUUCAGCCACCUUCGGCUGGGCUUUUUGGAGCGAUUGGAUACGUUGGGGAUGUUUUGUUUAGAAAGGAUUCGCCGUCAAGUCCGCAGCUGGCUGGCACAUUGGGGUGUCGGCAACUGGUGUUUGUCCUGCUCUUCUACGAAUGCGUCCGCAACCAUCGUUUUGUCGACACUCUAGCGAUGACGUUCGCGUCCGUUAUGAAGUUUGGCGCGCACAGCUCGCACUUGGCUGCUGGCGCCGGCCGCCUCAAUCGAUCGCAGUCAGAUAUCUUCUCCUGGACUCGCAGAUCGAGCUCGGCGGGAUCAUACCCGCAAUUGUUGCAGGGCGACAGCGCGUUGGUGGACAUCCUGUCCUUUACUUCCUACCUGUUUCAGAACUCGCGGGAUGGCAGAACGAUGCUAUACACCCGCCUGUGCCUCAUGUCGCUCAUUCGGCUAGUGGAGAACCCAGUGCUGUGCCGGAUAGUGUGUGACAUCAACAUGGCGGUGGUGAUCCGGUUGUGUCGGCAGCGUGUUCCACACCUCCCACCAGCCUCAGACACCGCGCGCCCAGUCUCCCUCGCCAUCCUCGACGUCGCAAUCACAUUCCUAAACCACAAUCUAACGAAAAACCUAGACGUUACGGCCUACACACACUGUAUAACAGUCAUCCACCGCUUGCUGACAUUUAUCAUCAGCAGCGCACGCGUUUCGCAGAUCGACAGACCGAAAUCGUCGAAAUUGACGGGCGUCGUCGCGUACCAUUGGGCGCAGGUUUGGCAUGCGAUUCUGAAUGUUGUCCGAUUUGUUGUGCAGUUUAGGGAAGCGUUUAUGAUGAAGGAUGAUUUGGUUGCGGAGUUGUGGUCGCAGAUUGUAUCCGUCUUCAACCUUUUCAUCACGUACGGCGACAACUUCCUGCCCGACUCGGACGGUCUGGACGUGCUCUACUACGAAAUCAUUCGCAAUGCUCAGGAGCUUACAGCACUUGAUGGUUCUGUCCAACGGCGCCGCUCCUCCACCAACCUCUCCCCCACCCCCUUCUCCCCAACCUCCACCCGCUUUCAAACCCCACCAUACCUCCAACGAACAUCCUCCCACACCUCUCAACACCGCACCUCCUCCGACUAUGCCAACAUCGCAACCAUCAUCUCCCACUUCAUGCCCAAAAUCGAAGAACGAGCCAGCAACUCCGGCGGGAUCUCGGCGUUCUUUGGCGCCUCGUCCUCUGAUACCGAUGUUGCUGAUCCUUCUUCACCCACAACAACGACGCCGACAGCAUCUGCGGCAUUAACACCCAAAGUGGUUAUCUCGAUCAUCCGUCGACAGCACGAUACAUUGGAGUUGAAGGAUAUGCGCGACACGUUACUUCCUGCCGGUGCAAAUGUUGCGGCAACGGCGGAGAACCCGUGGACGGGGACGGCGCUGUUGCCGUUACAUGCCGAGCAGAGCUUCUUCAGAGCGAUGCUGAGGGCGGUGUCGGCGGAUGUGAAGGAGGGGUGA